GAUCAUCGACACCGGGGCCAGUGAACAAUUUUCUGGUCAUCCUUCGCUUGAAGUGUGUCCGUGCUUGACCCGCACACGUGGAGGAAGUGAUUCAUUUUGGAUCACAAGUCAUCGCCGGUUCUUGAACUUGAAGGAAAAGGCAUUGGUUAUGGGAUGGGAUCCAGCGACUUUGUCACCUGAGCCCUUAUCAUGUCGCCAGCUAGGUCAAGCCCUAGGAAACGCUUGGCCUUUACCAGUCAGUGCCCGGCUGGUGGGCCAGUUGAACAAUUUGAUGAAGUGGCAGCAAUGA